AGGUGUAUAUCAUGAAUGGGUUGCACACGGCGGAAGGGAAAACUUGCGCACCGGCAGAUUGAGGCUUCAGAGGUGCGCGAGACUUCGGUGGGUGCAGUCGCUCAAUAUUUCUCUCCCGGCGCCAUUCCCUGCAUUUCGCGAUGCCUGAUCCCUGCUGCGAAGGAAAAUGCAAGUGCGGCGACGCCAACUGCUGCACGGACGGCAAAAAAUGCGCGGAGGACAAGAAGUGCUGUUGCGCUGAGGCCGGAGAAACGUCAUGCGCCGAAUCCUGCAAGUGUCGAGGAACAGAUGGCAAAUGUUCCUGUGGCGAGAAGUGUUCCUGCUGACCACACCGUGUUCUCAAGCCUCCUCCCGCUGACGACAUGAGAAUAUAUUGAAUAAGCUCUAGGGAUAAAUCAGUGACUCAUGGAGCCACUGUGCAAAAGUGUCAGCGUCUGUGCAGGUUGAUGAUUAGUCAAAAUGGCGUGUUUUUUUUCUCUUUUUUUUCCAAAGAUCGAAGUUCACGAAUUUAAUGAUAGAUUUACAUAAUUAUACAUACACAUAUAUAUUUUGUCUCUUCAUGUUUUCUUGAGCCACAAGAUCACGGUGUGACUUGAGCUGCAGUCGAGGUGUCGAUAUAUUCAGCAUCAGCCUUCCCUUAGCAUUUAAACGAAAAUGUCCUAUGACAAUGUACGUUUUUACAUCAUUAAUGUUAUCCACGUUUGGAUUCGAAUCCUCUUGUCAGUCAGAAUCAUAGAGUCUGUUGUUAGCUAGUGAAAGUUAGUAUGUUUAUUGGAUCUGUAUUUUCUUUAGAUUUUUCUUAAAUGAUUUUCAGGAUAAUAAAUCUCUACAUUUUACUACA